GACAGUUUGAUAGUUGACAGUUGUGCAAAAGUAAACAAACACAAGUUUUUAAAUAUUUUUUUAUUAGUAUUUUUGAAUGAUAAUAGUAACUUAUAUCAUAGAAAGCCAGUAGAUAAUAUGUGUUAUAUUGAAUAAAUUUUAAAAUAGUGCAUAAUGAUUCUCAAUACUUCUAUAAGCUACACAAAUUUUUUGAAACCCAUUGGUCGAAGAUGUGGAGUGUAUGUGUUAACUAAUCAUAAAUAUAGUAAAAAUUUAGAACAAAAGUAUUCUGAAGAGCAAAGGGAGAAGUUAUUGGAGAUUAUCAACUCUGAAAACGAUGUAUUGUCGAGAUACGACAUAGCCAAAACACGAUUAAAAAAAAUAUCACAAUGGAAAAGCAACAAUGGGCUAUUGCAAAGUCUAGCUGAUGUAGAAAUGAUGGAGGGAUUUUCAGAAAGAAUUACAAAGAAGAUGUUUGACAGCAUCCUGGCUGGACCAAUUCAGGAAGAACAUAGAUUAUCCAACAAAAUUAAGGGACAAAUACUGUAUCCAAAUCUAAGUAAUAAAGUAGUUAAGGAUUGCAAAACAGUUUUGACAGUGUAUAUUACAGUAAAUUCAGUGUGUUGGACACUUAUAGAUAAAGAUAAUUAUGAGAUCAAAGAAUGGAAAUACUAUGGAAUAGAUUACCCAGAAGGCAAGAAGUUUCAAAUCACAGAUAUACUGAAUAUUGCUUGGAGAAUCACCCAUCAGCUGCCCACAGCAGAUAUCUAUGUGAUGAAGGCGGAAGCGACCACUCUCAGAGCGUCCGGCAGCGAUCCUAACAACCCUAAAGUGCUUGCUGUAAAUCUACAAAAGGCGCAGAUGGUCGCUAUGAUCGUCGCGUUGAUAAACGCCAGAAGUAAUUUAGAAGGGGAAGGUGAAGAUUCUUCGUCUAAUGAAAAGUGUUUGGAGCAUAAAGUUUACUUUUUGAGGCCAACUUUACCAUACAGACUGUACGGCACUUUAGUAGGCAACGAAAGAGUAUCAACCGAUCAGACGGUAGAGAUGUUACUAAGAGAAGACAACGGCGGAUCGAAAAACAAGCGAGCUUACGUGCCGGAAAAACUGAAAGAAAUGUUUCGAAUGCAAAAAGAUUUGCAAAAAGACAUGCUCGGCCACUGUUUCCUAUUGAGCAUAACAUUCAUGGAUCUGUGCAUUUAUAAAGACCAAGAGAGGAUAAACAAGUUGUUGAAACAUGGACCUUAAGGUCUUGUAUGUUUGUAUAUACGUAGAGAUUGUUAAUAAAUAGUUUUUGAGGA